UCUCUCUUCCUCUUCAACCUCCCAAGUCACAACAAUCUCUCUCUCUCUCUUUCUCUCUUAAAGAGACAUUAACUCUCAAUCUUAAAAAAAAAAAAAAAACUUUUGUCUGAACGGCAUAUGUCUCAGAGACCUCAAGUUCCUCAUUCUUCUUCUAUAGCUUUCGGUCUCCAUUCUCAUCUCCUAAUCUCCAGUGAGAUCAGCUCUAAUUCCAACUGGUCUCUCUAAGACACUAAAAAAUCUAACAUUUCUCACUCUCUCUCUCUCUCCAAUUUUCUCGGAUCUCUCUGAAAUGGGUCUCAAGGGUUUCGCUGAAGGAGGGAUCGCAUCGAUCGUAGCGGGUUGUUCGACCCACCCGCUCGAUCUAAUCAAGGUCCGAAUGCAGCUCCAAGGCGAAGCGUCCUCAAUUCAGACAAACCUCCGACCAGCCCUCGCUUUCCAGACUUCCACCGCACUCCACGCGCCUCCUCCUCCGCGCGUGGGUAUCAUAACCAUCGGAUCUCGCAUCAUCACACAAGAAGGCACUCGCGCUCUCUUCUCCGGCGUCUCCGCCACCGUCCUCCGUCAGACUCUCUACUCCACGACUCGUAUGGGCUUAUACGACAUCCUCAAAACCAGAUGGACCGACCCGGACACCAAAUCCAUACCUCUGACCCGCAAACUCGCCGCCGGAUUCAUCGCCGGAGGUAUCGGAGCCGCCGUCGGAAACCCCGCCGACGUCGCCAUGGUGCGCAUGCAAGCCGACGGGAGGCUACCUUUGGUCGACCGGAGAAACUACAAGAGCGUUCUUGACGCGAUCGCGCAGAUGGUCCGCGGCGAAGGCGUCGCGUCUCUGUGGAGAGGAUCGUCGAUGACGAUCAACAGGGCGAUGCUCGUGACGGCGUCGCAGCUGGCCACGUACGACUCGGUGAAAGAGACGAUCUUGGAGAAAGGGGUGAUGAGGGACGGGCUAGCGACUCACGUGGCGUCGAGUUUCGCGGCGGGGUUCGUGGCUUCGGUGGCGUCGAACCCGGUGGAUGUGAUCAAGACGAGGGUGAUGAAUAUGAAGGUGGAGGCGGGGAAAACGGCGCCGUAUAAGGGAGCGGUUGAUUGCGCGCUGAAGACGGUGAGAGCGGAAGGGAUCAUGGCUUUGUACAAAGGGUUUCUGCCGACGGUGUCGAGACAAGCGCCCUUCACGGUGAUCAUGUUUGUGACGCUUGAACAAGUUAAGAAGGUGUUCAAGGACUUUGACUUUUGAGAAGUUCAAAGAUGAUGGUGGCGAUAAUUUGCUUUAAACAAAAUAAAUUUUUGUUUUUUUUAUUGUAUUUUCUUUUGGUCAAUCUAAUAGUUUAAAAGUUUUAAUUGUUCUUCAUUUAUCUAGUAAUUCUGUGGAGUGAAAUUUUCUAUCUAUGAGAAGAAGAAACAGUUCAAUUGA